CGCGCUUAUAUAUCAAAAGCCGCAAAAACCCUAAUUUUCUUACAAAACAGAGAUUAGCUCAAGCCGUCCAAAAUGUCGAAGCGAGGACGUGGAGGUACGUCUGGUAACAAGUUCAGGAUGUCGCUUGGUCUCCCCGUGGCGGCGACCGUGAACUGCGCCGACAACACAGGUGCCAAGAACCUCUACAUCAUUUCGGUGAAGGGAAUCAAGGGUCGUCUCAACCGAUUGCCUUCCGCUUGCGUCGGAGACAUGGUGAUGGCCACCGUGAAGAAAGGGAAGCCUGAUCUAAGGAAAAAGGUUCUGCCAGCUGUCAUCGUUAGGCAGAGGAAGCCGUGGCGCCGAAAGGAUGGUGUUUUCAUGUACUUCGAAGAUAAUGCUGGAGUCAUUGUGAACCCCAAGGGAGAAAUGAAAGGUUCUGCGAUCACUGGUCCUAUCGGUAAAGAGUGUGCUGAUCUUUGGCCAAGGAUUGCUAGUGCUGCCAAUGCCAUUGUCUGAAGACAAGAUCAAUCAAUCACUUGCCGUUUGGUUUUCUUUCAAAACAAAUUUGGUAAUUUUUGGUAGAUGUUUUUUUUUUUUUUAAUUUUCUGGCAAUAUGUACGACAUUCAAAUGUUUUGGUUAUAUAGACAUCUAUCAAUGGUUUCUACUUU